AUGGGUAACUUGGGCUCCCAAUCACUACCCAAAAACUUGGAUAUCAGUAUUGACUGGUGCAUUCGUAGGUACUACGUAGUGGCUCAAGAGGCAUCCAGCAACUCCAAGUCUCGACUGUCCAAAUUGAAGCUCACGGCGGAGGAAACGCGCCUGCUCCUCGAACUGCCCCCCAACGGCGAUGGAGUUGUGACAAAGAUGAAGUAUAUCCUUGAAACGCAUGAACGCAAGGAAAAGCAAUCCAAGUGGCAGCAAAAGACGGGCCAGUUCUUCCUGAACUUCUGCAAGGUUGUCGACAAGACUUCAGCGCUCGUGCAGCCGAUAUUGCCACAGAGCCCAGAGUACACCGUGACGUUUGGCGUCUUGAUCUUAUUAUUCAAAGCUGUCGUGACCCAGAACGAUCGGGAAGAAGCCCUGAUGGAGUCUCUAGACAAAGUCUCCGCCAAACUCCCUGUCAUUGAGUUUUACAACACCACCUUUCCGACUGGUGAGAUGAAACUAGUGGUGGCAAAGAUCUACGCUGAGGUGAUGGGACUGCUCGAUGAGGCUCUCAACUACCAUCGCAAUAGCCGACUCGCAAAACUGACCGAUGCGAUAAUACGUCCCGUUGAUAGCAAGAUUCAAAAGUGUAUGCAUCAGAUCGAAGUGGAAGUCAAGAAGCUGGAAGACCUGAAGAACGUCGCUCAUGAAGCUCAGACUGCGGACAUCCAGAGCAUCGUCACUCAGACUGGACAGGACCUAUCGGCCCUAUCUGAUGAUUUCCACAAGGUCAGCGUCACACUCGGCUUCGGCAUGGAGUUUUUGCACAAGCGACUUCUCAACGUCGAGUCGACAGUCAGCCAAAUUCGGGCACAUGAAAUGGCACGGUACACACAAGUGCUGCAGAGCGCUCUCCUAUCCUCGUCUGGGAGUACCGAGCAGCACUGGGACGUAGACGAGGCAUUGACAAGACUUGCCUCUCACGACUUCCGUCUAUCUCCGAAAGACCACUGGGACAACAACGAAGUCCUCGGCUAUUUACUGGAGUGGUCUCACGGUCCGGGCCGUGAUCCGGUACUGUGGAUCGGCGGGAGCUCUGGCAACCGGGACACCUGGGUCACGGAGUUGUCGGUGGAUAUCGGCCGGGCCCUGCGGCCCCAGCUGAAAACCGUUAUUUGUGUCUUCUGCUCCGACCUGGCACAAGCGUCUUCUACACUGACGCCCUCGGCUCUGGUGAGGAUCCUCGUGAGCCAGCUACUUGAAAUUCACCCCGAGGUAUCCUAUAGCGACGCAGUCUACUACAGUGCGCAACGGUUGCGAAAUGCCACGACAUUCUGGGGAAUGUGGCGCAUAUUCGAGCGCUUGAUUGCUGAGUCCUCGAACGCGUUCAUUGUCAUUGACAGAAUCGAGGAGUGCACCGUGGAUGAUGAUGCGGACCUCAAAAACGACUUCUUGCCGGCGUUGCUAAGACUGCUUCGAACCACAGCUGGCGCCAGGGCCAUCAUCACUAGUAUCUAUGAGCCGCCAGAGGGAAGCUUAUUAGAAAGUAUCUACAUUGACACAGCACAUCCCAAGGCGAGAAGCAAUCAGUAA